AUGUUCUUGCCUUUUCAUUUUUAUCAUCAACAACAAUAUUCGGACAGAAGGGGUAGAAGAAUGGCAUCUCUCAUACCUGGAGUUCUACUAAAGCUUCUCCAAACAAUGAACUCCAACGUUAAAGUUCGCGGCGAACACCGAUCAGUCCUUCUGCAAGUAAUCAGCAUUGUGCCUGCGUUAUCCGGGUCUGAAUUAUGGCCUAACCAAGGCUUCUUCAUAAAAGUCUCCGAUUCUUCUCAUUCAACCUAUGUCUCACUCUCAAAACAAGACAAUGAGCUUAUUCUGAAUAAUAAGUUGCAGCUUGGACAAUAUUUCUACGUCGAUCGGAUUGAGGCCGGUACACCGGUUCCAGUUCUUGUCGCGGUUAGGCCUAUUCCUGGUAGACACCCUUUUGAAGGUAAUCCUAAGGAUUUAAUGCAAAUGUUGGAGUCGUCUGAAGGAGGUAAAGCACUUCCUGAUAACAAUAGAGUUAACAAUUCAAAAUCCGCGGAUAUAAUAGAAGCCAAAGAGAAUACAAAUUCAAGACAGAAGAUUGUUAUUAAAGAAGAAAAAGUCGGCGUUGCAUCACGGUACAUGAAGGGUGUUCUAAAUCCAAAUACGAAAACGAAUGUGACAGAUACUAAUGUAGGAAGCAAAGGAAAUGAUUCGGAGACUGGCGUGGAUGGUAAGAAAUCGGGAUCUAUAAAAGGAAAGCAACAAGAGAUUCAAGGUCAGGUACUCUUAACGACCUCAACUCGUACGCGAUUUGAAGUACUUUCAACGAAACAAGACACUGAUCAAUCAAACAUUCAUGAAACAAUCACGCAGCCUUCUAAAAGCACUUCUAUCAAGCGCAGUUCUACUAAACAGGAAAAUUUGGACUCGAACUUUUCGUCCAAUACUCAAGAUAAAACCAAUUAUGCAGAAGCGAUUUCUUGGUCCACUUUGCCUGCCAAACUUUUAAGGCCUGGAAAGGGUAUUCUUAGAAGGAAACAACUAGCUUCUCAAGUUGUAAUAGAGGCUCAAAAAGAAGCAUCUGAAGCAGCAAAGAUAGUCAAGUGCUUAAGUAUGUUUGCAAAUAUAUGCUCUUCUGCCGCAUCAGAGGACCCACACGUCACACUGGACAAGUUUUUCGCACUUCAACAGCUCAUAGACAAGCCAAACGGUACAACUCAGUCGAAAGCCAAAUCGCUUCAAUCACAUAGCAUUCAAUCUCCUACAGAAAAGCAUAAAUAUAGCAGAAAAUCAGGUUUAGUGCCGGCUAAGAACACGUCGAAGUCUCCAAAACCCGUAACUGAAUUAUUAGUGACCGAAAAACAAGAAUGGGCGAAAGAGAAUGGUAUGAAACAGAUCAAUGAGCUCAAAGAUGUCUUUUUGAAUGAAACAAGAUCAUGGUUCAUUAAGUACUUGGAAAAGACACUGGAUGUAGGAUUUUCAAGGGUCUUCCAAGAAAAGGGGAAGGAAAGUAAGGUUAUUGUAGGAAGAGAAACCGCGCACGCCAACCAUAUAGCGGUGACAUUGUCGCACCUUAAGCAUGCAAAUGAGUGGCUAGAAAAGCUGAGAAGCAGUUUAAACUCAGAAAAUGAAGGCCUGGUGGAGACUAUUGACAGAUUGAAGCAAAAAAUUUAUUCUUCCUUACUUGUACAUGUUGAUUCUGCUGCAUUUGCUUUGGAAAACCGAGCUUGA